AUGGAAUACGACUUGUUCGUCAUUGGUGGUGGUAGUGCUGGCUUAUCUAUCUCAAGAAGAGCUGCAGAGACUUACGGCAUGAAAGUAGCACUUGCCGAUAAGGGUCCCCUUGGUGGAACUUGUGUUAACAAUGGGUGUAUCCCUAAAAAGAUGCUCUAUAAUGCAGCUUUCUUGUAUACAGAAGGGAGAUUUCUCUAUCAAAAGUCAAAUCUAGCUUUUAAUUGGGAGGAGUUCCGCUUGAAAAGAGAUAAGUAUAUUGCUUUCCUUAACUCAAUGUAUAGUCAACGCAAUGAAAGACAUCAGAUUACGUUGUUUUCAGGUUCGGCAUUUUUAAAAGGGAAAAAAGUGACGAUUUCUGAUUGUGAGUAUACUGCUGCUCGGAUUGUAGUGGCAACUGGAUCAUUUCCAGCUCUGCCUCAAUGUCCUGGUCAGGAUUUAGUCUUAACUAGUGAUGAUUUCUUUCGUUUCAAUCAUAUUCCUAAAUCGGUUGUUUUGAUUGGGGCGGGAUAUAUUAGUAUUGAGACGGCCUUUGUGCUGGCGCAUUUUAAGUGUCAAGUUAGUUUAGUGGCUAGAAGUUCUGGUGUUCUGCGAGUUUUUGAUAGUUUGAUUAGAAGUGAAGUUUUAGAUAGUUUGUUAAAAGCUGGAGUUAAAGUCUUUGAUAAGACUAAACUAGUUGAGGUUAGUAAAGUAGUUGGUUCAGAGUUGAAAGAAGUAGUUCUGGAGAGGAAUGGACUGGUUGAACGUUUGCAGGUGGAAGAAGUAAUCUCAGCGAUAGGCAGGAAGGCAGAUACACGGUCUCUUGGUGAGGAGAUUGUAAGGGAUGAGAAAGGGUUUGUUAAAACUGAUGAAUCUUUUGGGACUUCUGUACCUGGUGUAUUUGCUAUUGGUGAUGUAGCUAUGCCUGAACAUAUGCUAACUCCAGUAGCUAUCUUUACAGGUCGACGUUUAGCCGAUUGUUGGUACGGCCAGGGUAGUGCGAAUGUUAAGCGACUUAUUUCUUAUGUACCAACAGUAGUCUUUUCUCACCCACCGAGUGGAACGGUUGGAUAUACGGAAGAGUUAUCCCUAUCUAAUUUUAAUGAUACGAAGAGUCUUUUAGUAGAAGUUAUGCAUCCGAGUUCGGUUCUGAUUCCGGAAGCGGCUAAGAACAAGUACAAGUUCGUUUUUGGGCAGACAACUGACCAGAUUUAUGGUAUUCAUAUGCACGGGUAUGAAUGUGAUGAGACUUUACAAGGUUUUGCCGUUCUGGCUAGGAAUAAGCAGUCUUUCUCCAAGCUUAUAGAGUAUGCUGCUUUCUGUGGAGUCUCUUUGUCGGACUUCUUAUCUGGAAUCAUAGAAUAA